AACCCCACAAUCUCCAUUCUUUUUGAUUUAAAAUUCUAGUAUAAGCUCAGAAUGAUGAUCGAUAUAUAAAACGGAAAGUUUCACUUUCCAUUGGUCACAGUUUGCUUAAGUGUGUGCGAGACCAUCAUGAUUUCCAUCUUACCGAAAGCAACGUUCUUUCGGACAUUAUGGUUCCUUUUGAUCAUCUACCAUUCCGAGGCAACAUACAGGCUCCAGGAAAGGUAUGCAUGGAACUACAUCGAUUAUGCUUUCGACAGUUUCGAUCACAAGAUCCAGGCACAACUUACGCGAAACUACAUUCCUGAAAACAACUUGCCAGUCGGAAUCGAAGUAUGGAACGACAAAAUGUUCAUUUCUGUACCGAGGUGGAUGGAAGGAGUACCUUCCACCCUCAACUACAUAUCGCUCACAGACAUCAACUCCAAAUCGCCUCUCCUCAUUCCCUAUCCCGACUGGAAAUCGAACGAGCUAGGAAACUGCAACACCGGUAUGAAUACAGUAUACAGAAUCAAAGCCGACGAAUGCAAUCGUCUCUGGGUUCUCGACACCGGAACCUACGGUAUUGGAAACACCACACAACAGUUAUGCCCAUACAGUAUCAACGUCUUCAACCUGAGGACAAACCAAAGGAUCAGACGAUUCGAGAUCCCAGCCGAACUGAUCAAGGAAGGCACCUUCAUAGCAAACACCGUCGUCGAUGUUGGAAAGAGUUGCGAUGAUACUUUCGCUUAUUUCAGCGAUGAACUGGCCUACGGUAUGAUCGUUUAUUCUUGGGCUGAAAACAAGGCAUGGAGAUUCAAGCAUGGGUAUUUCUUCCCCGAUCCAUUAGCCGGUAACUUCACCAUUGAUGGAUUAACCUUCAACUGGGAUGAAGAAGGUGUUUUUGGUAUGUCGUUGUCUCCCCGUUAUGUCAGCGGUGAAAAAUACCUCUACUUCAGUCCUUUGGCAAGUAACAGGGAAUUCGCAGUAUCUACAAACAUCCUACGCAACAGUUCGAAGGUUGACGACAGCUACAACGAUUUCAUAGCCUUAGAAAGCAGGGGACCAAACUCCCACACCACCGCCAGAGUCAUGGACGAUUAUGGUAUUCAGCUAUUCAACCUCAUCGAUCAAAAUGCCAUUGGUUGUUGGAACUCGCUUCUACCUUACCACCCCAAGUACCACUGCAUCGUUGAUAAGGACGAUGUAGGCCUUAUAUUCCCUUCAGACGUUAAAGUUGAUGCUCACAGGAAUGUCUGGGUGAUGUCGGAUAGGAUGUCAAACUUCCUUCAGGCACCAGAAGGCCUCAAUUACAACGAGGUUAACUUCAGGGUGUACAUGGCACCUAUGAAAGCCUUGAUUCAAGGCACAAUCUGCGAUGUCGGUUUGGAAGGCAGUCGCAGUUAUCACGUCAACGAGUUGUUCGAAUGAGAUAUUCCGAAGAAAUUAAAUUUUAUUUAUUGUUAAUUGUAAGUGUUUUGUCUUUGUAAAUUGUUUUUGUUUUUGUUUUCACUAAGAUUACUUCUCUGGAAAUACUCGCGAUAAAUUACACUUCAAUAAAUUCUGAAAUUGUUA